UUCCUACUUUUUAAUUGGUUGACUUCAGGACUCUCCUCGUGGCUCACGCCUCCCACCAACAUCCUCAUCAUCUCCUCCUCCUCCCACUCUCCACUUCACGAAAAGCUUCGGUCUUCACUUCCCAUUUCCAACAAAUUCUCUGAUUCUCCAUCAAACAAGACACCCCACAAUCUGUAAUCGAUUCAGCACCAACAAAAACAUGGUCUUUUCAACUCUCGGCUUAUCCCCACCGCCGAGCUUCCACUGCCUCCCGAGGAGCCGCCCCGGCGCUAGAUUCGCAGCCCGAUGCUCCGCCUCGGUUUCAAUGACCCAGACGAAGUCGGCACUCUUCGACCUGAAGACUUACUGGACGACGCUGAUCGGGGAGAUCAAUCACAAACUGGAGGACGCGAUUGCGGUUCAGUACCCGGAGCAGAUCUACGAGGCCAUGAAGUACUCCGUCCUCGCCAAAGGGGCCAAGCGGGCCCCGCCCGUCAUGUGCGUCGCCUCCUGCGAGCUCCUCGGUGGCUCCCGCAUCGCCGCCUUCCCCACGGCGUGCGCCCUCGAAAUGGUUCAUGCAGCGUCCCUCAUCCACGACGAUCUCCCCUGCAUGGACGAUGAUCCUUCGCGGCGAGGCCAGCCCUCUAACCACACGGUUUACGGUGUUGACAUGGCAAUCCUUGCGGGUGACGCGCUCUUUCCACUAGGCUUCCGCCACAUCGUUUCUCAUACACCCUCUGAUCUAGUCCCUGGGCCCCGCAUCCUCCGCGUGAUCGCCGAGAUUGCCCGUGCGGUGGGAUCCACCGGCAUGGCUGCAGGUCAGUUCCUUGACCUCGAGGGUGGGCCUGACGCCUUUGAGUUUGCCCAGGAGAAGAAGUUUGGCGAGAUGGCCGAGUGCUCCGCUGUUUGCGGGGGCUUAAUCGCUGGAGCUGAGGACGAGGAGAUACAGAGGCUGAGGAGGUAUGGGAGAGCUGUGGGAGUCUUGUAUCAGGUGGUUGAUGACAUAUUAGAGGAGACGACCAAGGAGAGUGGGUCGAGCGAAGACGAGAAAGACGAGGAGAAGAGAGGGAAGAGCUAUGUUCAGGUCUACGGUGUUGAGAAGGCUCGCGAGGUAGCGGAGGAGCUCCGGGCAAAGGCCAAGGGGGAACUGGACGGGUUCGAGAAAUACGGAGACAGUGUGAUCCCUCUCUAUAGCUUCGUCGACUAUGCAGCCGAUAGGGGGUUCAGCGUCGGCGGGGAAGCCAGCUCAUAAUACAAUCUAACGGUAUCAUAAUCGAUCAUUAGCCUUAAGCUUUCGACCAUUUGUAUGUGACAACUCGUAUUUUAUUACAUAGAGUCUAGUUGAAUCAAAAUUUUGUCUGCGGGGCAUGACUAGCCAGGCAACUUGAGAAAGUCUCGGUGUUGAAUGUUGAUUAUAAAUUCCGAGGAAAGAUUCGAUGUUGCAUGAAGACUUUGCUCGAGGUGAAGUCAGAGAACGAAUUUGAUGUGAUAUAGAGUUCAAGUAAAAAUUUCACUUGCUAUGGUUCGUCA